UGAGCGAGCGAGUGAGGGAGAGAGAGAGAGCGCGAGCGAGCGAGCGAGCAAAAACGGCUCUCAGCAAAGCAACAAGAAGGAAGAGCAAUGGCGACACUGGAUCGCCAAAUACCAAGUCCGGAUACCUGCCUUUUCGAGCCUUGGUCUUCCUUCGUCAGUGCGGCUAAAUUACGUGUUGUUGACAACGCAGACUCUCCCCUGGAUAACAGCGAUAAAGAGCUUUACUGUCUGGCCGAAGCUGUGAAGCUCGACACAGAAGACAUGUUUCUCUACAGCCAGUUUCCAGCACUGCAGGAUUUUUAUCUGGUUGUCUGUCAUGUCUGCAACAAGGUGGUCACUCCUCAGGGCAUCCUCGCACACUAUGAGAAGCGGCACAGCUCCCCAGUUCCUUCCAGGAGUCCCAUGGUACCAAUGAAGCCCAAAGCGCCUGUGGUGGCCCCCGCUGUAGCUCCUAGUCCUGUGGACACACUGGCUUUCAGAGUCCCUAAAGAUUACCCUCACUCCCGCUUCGCCAAGGCUCCACUCGCCGUCUACCCACCGAAGGGGGCACGGAACAAGACAUGCGUAUCGCUUCCAGUUGUGAGCUUAGAAAAGAUGCCCUGCCUCGGCCGAGCCGACUCAGCAUCGCACGUGCGCCUCAGGCCGGCAGCGCUGUCUCUCCCGGGCCCCCAGCGCUCUGGCGAAAAGCUCACCAACGGCCGUGGCGGCAGCAGCGGGCCGUCCACGCCUCACUCUGCCACGCCCCCAUCCUCCCUGGACAGGCGGCCCAGCCCGGCGCACUCUCCGCUCGACAGGCGGCCGUCGUCGACUCCUUCGCCCUCCCCGCUGGACAGGAAGCCCUCCCCGUCUCCUUCGCCUUCCCACCGAUCUGUCGCUUUGCCAUCGUCAGUGUUGUCGUCUCCUUUGGAAAAGAAGCACCAGAAUGGAACUAAAACGGCUUCCAGAUCAUACAAAAGACUCUCAGGGAGAGUGUUUGAUCCUAACAAACACUGUGGAGUCCAGGAUCCUGAGACUAAACAACCCUGCACCCGGUCUCUCACCUGCAAGACUCACUCGCUGACCUACCGGCGAGCUGUGCCCGGAAGGAGGAAGCAUUUUGACAUCCUCCUAGCUGAACACAAGGGGCGAGCAAAGGAGAAGGAAGGCACAAAGGAGAAAGACAAGGAUGGAUCUCAGGAAGGGAAGGAAGGCUGCAGCCAUGGGGCCGCGUCACAGGAGAGUCCCAGCAAGCCUCACUGCCCAAACGGACGGCCUCUGUCCUCACUGAAGCUACGGCUGGCAAAUGCACACAUACCAAGGGUUCCAGGCAGUUCCACCACCUCCACCUCCAGCCCUCUGCCCCCAGCGCCAGUCCCCGCUACAGCCCCUCACCCAGAGACGUCACCCCACAGCUGGCUGACGGCAGCGGGAGACGGUGGGCAGCUCUCCAGUGACGAAGCAGACGCAGAGACUCCAGAAGACUCUGACAGACCUGCCGUUCACUACUCUAAUCACCACCCACAGCCGUUAGGGUUUUGCGUGUUUGGCAGCCGGCUCAUGGGACGAGGCCACUAUGUGUUCGACAGGCGAUGGGACAGGAUGAGGCUGGUGCUCCAGAGCAUGGUGGAGAAACACCUUAACGCCCAGAUGUGGAGGAAGUUGCCGCUGGCUCCUGAGAGCCUCUUCUCCUCCUCUGGCACUUCCCCUGUCACUUCACAACAGUCUCCAUCUCCCACCUCCACGCCUUCCCCGCUUUUCUCCUCCCCUUCCAACUCGCUUUCCUACACCGCCACCUUCCCUCAGUCCACGUCCACAGCUGGGGUGUUCAGCAUCCGGGACCCCCCACAGCCGCUGGGCAAAGCUCGUAACGGCACGCACAAAGCCAGCCUCCCUUCCAAAGACUUUCAAGACUCUGUAGUCGCAUCUAAGAAAAGAAAAAACUCUUCCUACUCUCCUUCGUCCCUUUCUUCUUCCUCUACCUCUUCCUCCUCUUCAUCUUCCUUGUUUCCAGCUGUGGAUAAUCACAAGAGGAACGGCAGCAGCUGUCAUAAAACCUUACAAGGAUCAGGGGGGGCAGCUGCCUCCCCAGCCAAGAAAAAGGGACUUGGGCGUGGGGGAAGCGGGCUGUGGCACAGUGCAGAUGACUGGCUGUCGAGAUCGGUCGUGUCCCAAAGCCACAAUUCUCAGAACAGUCGUGAUAUUGGCCCCACCAGUAGACCCUACUCACCCGAUAGCGAACCGGUCUCUGCCCCCCAUCACCUCUUGGCCCCCCCUUCCGGGCCACUGGCUUAUGGGGGAGGAGCAGAGGGAAGGAAGAGGAGAAGCCCCAGCUCCUACAGGGGGAAGGCCAAGCUGAGCCGAUCGGGUGGAUUGGACGGCCUCUUUGGGAACAGCGGCGACAGCGGGGGAAUACUGUCUCUGGGGCCUGACUCUUCGAGACAGGCCAAGUUGCAGCACUGAUAGAAACCUGUUUCAUGGACAGACCUUUGGGCAGCUGUGCAGGCCACUGUCAUUUGUGACCUUUAACCUCACCACUACUUCACUGACGGCACCAAUCACGCAGCGACGUCCUCGUGAUUUUACCCGUGUUUACCCGAUGACGGAUCAGUUCACACACUAUGACACAGGCGCUCUGGAGUCACAGUUAGGCUGACCGUUGCCUCCGCUCCCCUGUCCCUAAUUAUGGAUCAUGUUUAUGACAAGCUGCAAUGCAUCACUGUGGUCAUGGUCUUUUUAGACAGAAUCCAAAAACUCUGAAAAGGGAAUUAGCGUCACCGAGUUUUCCAGACAUUGUUAAUAAUGCCACCACUGUACAAUUUUUGAGAAGACAGAGUUUCUUUUCUAGUUCAGUCCGUUUUCCUGUUUUCUGUGUUUGGUCUGCAGAACAAGGAAAAAGGCCUGUGGUUGUUUUGGGGAGUUAAUUGUGGAAGGACCUACUGACACGACUACUGUAGGAUUCAAACUCCAGCUAUGCCACCGCAAAUGCCCCUUCUUCCCAUAUUCUUUUUAAACUUCAGCUUUUCUUCUUUCUUGAAAAAUGGAAGAGACACCAGCAGUUUUAGUUGGGUUUUAUCCAACCUUUUCCUCUCAUUUCCUCAUGGCUUCUUCUUCUUCUUCUUUCUUUUAUUUUUCUGUGUCCGACAGCAAACAACAGUCUGUUUCUCGUUUUAACUUCCUCACCCUCUCUCCUGUCCCAGCAUGACUGUGUUCAAAGUGCACUUACUGCCCCUGCUUCCCCUUGCCUCCUUCUUCACUGACUCCAGAGCAGUCUCCAGCAGUGCCACACAAGGACCUGUUGACACAAGGGAGGAAAAAAAAGUGUCUGUGUUACCAAGGACACUGUGUCAAUGCAUUGUAUUUUCAAAAUAGGAAGAAUUUUAUGUAAAGAUUGUGUUGUUUUGGUUUAUUGUUGCAAGAAACACAAACUCCUGCCUGUGUGCCAGGACAUCCAAAAACAAUUUAUUACUACGGUGUUGGAUCUUUUUUUUUUUUUGUACAAUAAUUUAUCAUUCUUAAAUGUUUUUUUUAUUACUAUUAAGGUUUAAGUCACAGAAUAGAUUUUUUUUUUUGAUCAAAAAAUAAUUUCUAUGGCAUUUUGAAGAAAUGUUAAAAGUAUUAUGAGAAUUGUCAUAUUAUUGAAAAUGUGUACAUAUCUGUUGUUAGUUUUUUAUUUAUUAAUUGCCCCCUUUCAUGAGCUGAAGAAGAGCGGGUUCUUUCCCAUACACCUUUUUAUUAAUAUCGAUAAAAUUAACCUGGUUUCACAAAGCCUUCAAAAUGUUGUUCAUUAUCAAAUUGAACAUUAUUCCCAAGACAGGUUAGAGAUUAUUGCGCCUUAUUCCACCUGUCCUGUCCAAGGCUACAUAUUAAUUGUUUACAGUAUCAACAGCUGUUAAAGCCACAGCCAGUACAUUUUUAAACAAGGAACUUGUUUUGUUUAACCUUUUAUUCUUCCUGAUACUGUCUCAACACUGCCUGCAUCUGUUGGUAGAGCUCAUGAACGUCAGACAAAAACUCUAUGCGCUCUGUGUAUAACUAUAUAUUCAAACCUAUUUAGAAUGACCAUGUACUUUGGAACCGGUACCUAGUUGCAGUCUUAAGCAAUAGAUGGCGUUUACGCAGUUGCCAUGGAGAUGGCUCGGGUGUCAAUACCUGACCUUAGCACAUUGGUGAUAUGAGAACAGAUGGUUAUAUACACUUUUAUUUGAAAAAUGAGCUUUCACCAGUUGCGUUGUAUUUCAAACAAUUACUGAUAUACUGAUAAUGAAAGUCAGAGUUGAAUGACCUCAUCGCACCCCUCCCUCCUGAUUCAAGGAGGAUAGAAAUUCCUCUGUUCUUUAUGUAUUUGUCAUACAACUGAUGAAGUUUGGUUUUGUGAAACCAGGCCCUGAUUAGUAUUGUCAUCCACCCGCAUUCCUGUCCAGCUGUGGUUGCACCUGUUUUUCAUACUUCUUCCAAUAGUAAAAACUGUGUUUAUUUUUUUGUUUGUUUUUUUUUUAAACUGCCUUUAUCUUCCAGGACCCAUUGGUCCAGUCUCAGUGUGAUUAUGCUUGGUCGUUAUGUUACAUCCAGUCAGGCACAAGUCAAAAUGCUUUCAGUCAUUCCCAUGAGCCUCUGACAACUUUUAAAUCCAGGAAAGAAGUAUUCAUAUUUUGGCGAUGGAUGCCAUCACAGUACAUCCACCAACCAAGCAUAAAACCUCUCAGUAGUACCAUUCAUCUGGUGUAGCUGAUGAGGCUGAAGUAACUGAAAGCAUUUUGAUUAGUUUGACAUCACCCUGAAGCCAAGAGCAAAGCUCACACCUGGUACUUGCCAACUGUUUCAGGGGAAAUAUCUUCUAGGAUUUGUCUUUCUUCUCACAAUCAUCUAAGCACUAACGAUGAAUGAAUUGUACAUAGUUGUAUUUGUGUUAUGCGUUUCCAAGUACUCAAAGUGCUUCCCUUGAUGACACUUUAUUCAUCAGUGUGAGAUCGUUACAGCUAUUAGAUCAGCGUAGUGAUGCCAGCUUGGUGGUCUUUGUUUUACUGGAGGUACACAUGGUUUACCCGGAUACACACGUUGUACAGUUAACAUGCCUACAGUUAGAAUAUUAACAUGCAUUUUUCAGUCUUCUCUCCCUUUGCAGCCUGUGCCACCUGCCCUGCUCACACAUGGAAAAAAAUCACCACACAGUUGCUAUGAAGGACCAACGGAUGCAUCCGUAUAUAGAUGGUCUGUGUUGGUUAAGCAGCUUAAAGCCAGAGUGCAGGUGGAACAUCUGUCUCCUUACACGUGUAUCUACAGAAGAAAGUGACGGAGUGCUGAGAUGUUUUUUGGGGCGAAACGACACCCUGGCCUACUGUUCAUAGACAGAAAUCAGAAGUUACAGUUUGUUGCAGCUAAAAUGAAGACAGAGCUCCUGGAUGUUGAUUUCAGGGUGGUUGUAUAUUGUUAAUGCUGUUUAAUAUUUUAGAGGUAUUAAGAUUUUUUAACCCUCCCUCUUCCUUUUUUGCACUUUGUCAUAAAGCCCAGAUUUUUAAUCAAUCUUCUAUUUAUAUAAAUAUUUGAAAUAUUAAACAAAUCUAUAUAUAUUUGUAAAAGUGUUUUUUGGCAACUACAGUAAAAGAAGACAUAAAGUGUAUUGUUGGUGAGUCGACCCCUAAAGCAGCGUGUUGUUUUUGUUUAUUGUAACUGAUCCAAACUGUGGUGGAUGUUGAAUGUCUGAAAGAUGCCUUUUAUGAAUUUAGGGGUUUGUUCAGUUUCCCUGCAGCUGGAUCAAAAAAAAGGAUUUCCCAUCAAAACAAUGUAAACGCUGUACAUGGUCUUAUAUUCAAGCUUUUAUUAAACGAUUGAAAGUGG